AGUUUCGAAAUGAUGUCUUUAGUGAAGAAAUAUACGGUUCCAUCUUCACAUCACAUCCCUGUUCUCCAAAGCAAGCAAGCCUAUGCUUUUCAAAAGGUUAUCCAAACUUCUCCAACCUAGAAGAACAAUUUGGGGCCAAAUUCGUUGACCCAGUAGCUGAUUUAAUUACCAAGAGGAGAAGAAGAAGUUGCGCAUUCCGCAAUCGUUUCGAGAUUCUGGAGGUCGAAGUAUCUAAUUGUUGAUUAUUAGAAGAACAGGAAAACUAAGAAGGAGAAGACAAAAUGAUUUGGGUCUCUUAGUGGUUAGUUCAAUGCUUCAACCUGAGAAAAAUUGUUCAACAGAAGAGGAUUAGUUGCUGGUUUUAAUAAAUGUUUUUUUUUUUUGUGGGGGGGCUGUUAUCAUAUUUUUACUAAUCUAAGUAACUAAAUAAAUAAAUCAAUUUUACACCUUUGGUUCAUUUUAAGUUCAAAUCAGAUACUUACCUUGACGAUUAUUUCUGAUUACAAUGAAGGGUGUCUUAUGCUAUUGUAAAGGUUGCAUCUGUAUUGUAAGAACUUACCUCGUUUAAAGUUCGUUGGGUAAAUAAGCUUAUGUUAGUGUGAAUGAGUGCAUCUGUAUUGUAAAAGGGUUGCCUCAAACCGUAGAGUGUGCAAAGUUUAUUUAUUUAUUUGCAAAUUCUGCCGACACCAUGUGAAUCCAAAACGUCAAACUAGGAAGUAGAGGACAAUUGAGUUUUAUAUUUUGAUAAAGACUUCAAGAGAUCCAACCAAGCCAACUCACACCACUAACAGAGCUGAGUCGAGUGAGUAUGGGGAUCAACACAUUCGUCGCCGGAAAUCUGAUCUUAUUUUCGGUCCUUAUCGUUUCAACAGCGUUGGCCAGCACCAAUCACACCGUCGGCGGCAACGCAGGUUGGUUCUUCAACGCCACCACCAAUUCCUCCGCCACUAAUUACACUUCUUGGGCUGCCAAACAAACCUUCUCUCUCGGCGACUUACUCAUUUUCAAUACCAACUCAAAGCAGAUUGUAAUCGAGACUUACAACAAAACAAUAUACCAGAGCUGCACUUACAAAAACUCCACCAAUGACGAUGACAAUACGAUCCAGUACGAUGGCGGAGGUGGUAAAUUGGGGGAGGCGUUGACUAUCGAAGUACCAUUGACCAUCCAGGGUUCAACGUACUACUUCUCCAACACCGGCGACAAAGUCCAAUGUCAACGCGGUAUGGCCUUUCAGAUCCAGGUCGGCAAUGGCGAUGGCUUUCUGCCAGACCUCAACUACGCUCCACCUCCGCCGCCCGGAAAUGGUGUCUUCAGGAUCAGCAGUGGGGGGCUCUAUUUUCUUCUUCUUCCUCUAUUAUUAAUUAAUAUUUUGAGGUUUGAAUUAUAAUUUUAUUUUGAAAUUUUGCAUUUUUUUUAAUGUAAACGCGUAAUGAAGUAAUGGACAUCACGAUUUUUUUUUCCUAA